AUGGCUAUCGACAAACUCUCCGCGGCAAAGCUUAUCAUCUACCUCAUCCUCGUCCAACCGGCAACAUACGCCCUCUUCAAACAUGGCAAGCCUGGUAUUCUCGGUUGGCUCUACCUGCAGAUGUUUUGUGUGCUUCGCAUUGUUACCGACGCUAUGACUCUUCACCCGAACAAUAACAGCGAGAUCACGUUGAUCCUCAGCAGUAUUGGUCUGUCGCCGCUGUUAUUUUCCUGUGCUGGCAUUCUUCAUGAAGCGAGACUCGCACGCAAUCCUCGGCUUAGCCAUAAACGAGAAUGGGUCUACCAGAUCCUAUACCAUAUUAUCAUCUUUAUGGCCACCGGCCUCGUUGUCGUGGCUGUCAUGAGGCUGGAAAAUAAAGGCCCUGGUUCUCUCACCAAUCUCCUUCUCAGGUGCGGUGCUGGUAUCAUCGCAACUGGUUGGUUGGUGCUUUCAAUUUGGUCUCUGAUCUCUCUUCGUUCGAGUGUGGUCAAGGCAGCCCCGACAUUUGAAGGGGGGAGAAUUCUCCUUCUAGGGAUUGUCUGGGCGCUCCCCUUCAACGCUAUCCGUCUUGUAUAUGCUGUGACCUCCCUCCUACUUGAAGCCAAGGCUUCCAGUUCCGUAUUCCUGACCUCGACCGCCAUCGAGAUCUGUCUAAGUGUGGUGCCCGAGAUGAUUGUCGCCAUCAUCCUUGUCGUGGCAGGCGUCAAGACCCGCAACAUGAGGCGAGACUCUAAAAUGCCAUGGAAGUAUGCUCAGGUUUAUGAAAAGAAUGAGCCUGUCUCCGAGACUAUGUCUGAGGAUGCUCCAUUGAAUGUGCCUGAAGCUAUGCAUGAGCCUACCACGGAGUAUGUGCCGCAGCAUAUGCCUUUACACCUGCCUCCUGUGGCUGAGCCAGAGUGGCAGGCGCCGAAUGGGCGAUAUGAGCAGUAUUGA